GGGUAAGCUCCUCCUGCUCGGGCACCGGAGCGGCACAGCCGGGACGGCAGGUCUACGGCGCGGGAGCUGGUUCCUCCAGGCUCGUCCCGGCGCUGCCGUCGGAGCGGAGCGGGGUGGAGAGGCGGCGCCGCCACUGCCGUGCGCGGCCCCAGCACCUGCCGCGAGCUGGAAUGUUUGCUGCUUUUCCUACAGGGUUAUAAGCUUUGAUAUUCAGAAGACCAAACUGAAAGAUGCCAUCUGAGAGGUGCCUGAGUGUUCAGGAAAUGCUGACAGGUCAGAGGCUUUGUCAGUCCAGCUCCCAUAAUGAUGCUGUCCUGGCAGCCCUGAACCAGCAAAGAAGUGAUGGCAUACUUUGUGAUAUUACUCUUAUUGCUGAAGAGCAGAAAUUUCAUGCACAUAAAGCAGUCCUGGCAGCCUGCAGUGACUACUUCCGAGCAAUGUUUAGUCUCUGCAUGGUUGAAAGUGAAGCCGAUGAGGUGAAUUUACAUGGUGUCACAAGCCUUGGUUUAAAACAAGCCCUGGACUUUGCAUAUACUGGACAGAUCCUCUUGGAACCAGGGGUGAUACAGGACGUCCUGGCAGCUGGGAGUCAUUUGCAGCUGCUGGAGCUUCUCAGUUUAUGUUCUCACUAUCUCAUUGAGUGUAGGACUCUGCUAGAGAAGUGCACUGUUCAGACUGGGAGGUUAUGUAACAAGCAGGAACCUGCACAGGAAUUUGAUUUCAUUUCCUCCAGUACAGACUCCUCUAACCAGGAAUUAAAUAGUUUUAAUUACUUGGACCUGUAUAAGCUUGCGGACCUCUUCAACCUGACUUUGUUGGAGAAUGCAGUCAUUGGCUUCCUAGUAAAACAUCUCUCUGAGCUACUGAAGAGUCAUCCUGAAGAAGUUCUGGCACUCCCAUACUGUCUUCUUCGAGAGGUUUUUAAAAGCGAUAGACUCACUUCACUCAGUGAAGAACAGAUCUGGCAGCUGGCUGUAAGGUGGUUGGAACACAACUGCCGCUACCAGUACCUGGAUGAGCUUCUCCAGUACGUCCGCUUUGGCCUUAUGGAUGUGGAUACAUUGCAUACUGUAGCUCUUACUCAUCCUCUUGUCCAAGCAAGUGAAACUGCGACAGCACUCAUUAACGAGGCCUUGGCUUACCACCAGAGCGUCUAUGCACAGCCAGUUUGGCAAACCGCAAGGACAAAACCCCGCUUCCAGUCAGACACUCUUUACAUUAUUGGUGGGAAAAAACGUGAAGUCUGUAAAGUGAAGGAAUUGCGAUACUUCAAUCCAGUAGAUCAGGAGAACGUUCAUAUCGCAGGGAUUGCUAACUGGAGUGAGCUGGCACCUAUGCCUGUAGGGAGAAGCCACCACUGUGUUGCUGUCAUGGGAGACUUUCUUUUUGUAGCUGGUGGAGAGGCAGAGCACUCCACAGGGCGCACGUGUGCGGUGAGAACAGUCUGUCGAUAUGACCCUCGCACUAACUCUUGGGCUGAGAUAGCUCCGAUGAAGAACUGUCGGGAACACUUUGUGCUGGGAGCCGUGGAUGAGUACCUGUAUGCCGUAGGGGGCAGAAAUGAAUUGCGUCAAGUGUUACCUACAGUGGAACGCUAUUGCCCCAAGAAGAACAAGUGGACCUUUGUUCAGUCCUUUGAUCGAUCGCUCUCAUGCCAUGCGGGAUAUGUGGUGGAUGGUCUUCUUUGGAUAUCAGGAGGAGUAACAAAUACUGCACAGUAUCAAAACAGGCUCAUGGUCUAUGAUCCUAAGCAGAACAAGUGGUUAAGCCGUAGCCCAAUGUUGCAGAGGAGAGUGUAUCACUCCAUGGCAGCUGUCCAAAGGAAACUUUAUGUGUUAGGUGGGAAUGAUCUUGACUACAACAAUGAUCGGAUCCUGGUCCGGCACAUAGACUCCUACAGCAUAGAUGCUGACCAGUGGACACGUUGCAACUUCAACAUGUUGACAGGUCAAAAUGAAUCUGGAGUUGCUGUCCACAAUGGUAGAAUAUAUUUAGUUGGUGGCUAUUCGAUUUGGACAAAUGAGCCUUUGGCAUGUAUCCAGGUGCUGGAUGUUAGCAAGGAGGGGAAGGAAGAGGUAUUCUAUGGGCCUACACUCCCCUUCGCUUCCAAUGGAAUAGCUGCGUGCUUUCUUCCAGCUCCAUAUUUCACAUGCCCCAACCUUCAGACUUUGCAAGUGCCUCACCAUAGGAUUGGCACAAUGUGAGACACUCCUUGCGCUUCACAAAAUCAGAAGUGGAGGGGGAAAGCAUCAAACCCUGUGUAUAGAAGGGUUUCUCUGGGUCAAUGAGAAGAAUCAAUCUACACGGACUGCUGCUUUACCAUCACACAUUUGUCUUAAGGUCAGAUCACAACAAGCAGGAAGGACACUACAAAAACUGUCUGCAGUUUCUCUUCUCUGCCUCAGAUGUAGAAGCACAUUACAUGAGAGUGUUUUUGGCAUUUUUGCUGGUGACUACUUGCUAUGUGUCUACUUCAUUUCCUUAUGCAACUUUGUAAGGCAUUGUGGAUGCUCUCAGCUCCUUCUGGGAUGCUCUUUUUUGGGGUCUUUAUGUUCAGUUGUUCACCAACGGCACUUUCAAAGAUGAUAGAAAGCUCUGUUUAUGUUGAUAAAGAUGAUAUCAUACUCUGGCAAUUAUGCAACUCACUUGAUACCUUUGGCAAAAAGAAUAACAAAUGUGUUGACUUCCAAUUCCGAACUCUGUCGUUUACAAUUUCUCAUGUAAUAAUACUUCAUUUUAAAUUUAAAUACUUCAAAACAGAUUAAAACAAAGCAAAAAAGCAAACAAGCCCUAUAGGAUAUGGGGAACAGAUAAAAAUUGUCUCAGCUGAAAGAGAAAGAAACUGGUGCCUCAUGGUUAAACUCAAGUCUGAACUAAAUUUGUUUGUCUGAGAAUCUAAAUAUCGUUUGGGAUGUCAUUUACCAAGGUCUGCUAUCAAAUAAAUGUUACCUUCUGUCAUAUGAUCAAUUCUUCCUGACAGCUGCAGUCUUUUAAUGGUGGAGAUCAGCCUCUUUACUGUAUAAUUAAAAUGUGCCAUUUACUUAAUAUUUUUAAUAUCCAGUUUGCAAGGGGUCACCACAUUUACAAUUAUCAAUGAACAGUCUCAUUUUGUCCAACAUAUGGUCCCACAAAUCACUGGUCUCCAGAGGCUAAACAGGUGUAGAAUAAUGUCAAUAUUUAUUUAUUUAUUCUUUCCAUUUAUAUAGUGUGUCUCCAUUCCAUUCUCCAGGCAUAUGCCAGCUCACAACAAAUACUCUAACCUGGUAUAUUUUGGCUUUGCUGGGCUACUGCAGCCCCUGUCUCUUAUUUCUGUGUUUUAUUUACAUAGCUAACAAAAUUUUCAAUGUUUGUAAAUAUUAACCAAGCAUGUUAUUAAAUCUUCCUCUAUUUCU